GGUGUCUCUCUUGCUCCACCAUCAUUUCCCCAAUGCACACACGCUCAUACACCCAUACACACUUCUCUCUCUCUCUCGAUCACACUCUCUCUCUCUUCACACCCGGAUGGAUGACUUCACCGCUCUGCCUGGGUUUCCUUUAUGAUCCCGGGAUCUCCCACUUCCCUCGCCAGACAUCAGCCAGCACCACAAGCGAACGGAUCUCUCCCUGCACACUCACACACUCUGCCUCUGUCUGCAGCCACAUCUCAUCCAGAGACCUCAGCACACCUACAGAAGACCCCCAGCAAGGAGAGACGCACACCAACAGCUCCAACUUGCACAAAAAAAGGAGGAUCUACAGCUCCUACAACAAGGAAGACUGCUUUUAUUCCCCUUUUUUCCUUGCUGGUGAUUUUAUUCCAGUCUCUGUGCCACGAUGUCUGAGGUGCUGCCAUACAACGAGGGCAAAAUGAACGGCUAUGGGGCAGACAGUGAGGUCAGUCAGAUGUCCUUUAGCUGUGGACUGCAGGACACAAGCGCCUUUUUUGCUGCGUCGCAGGCGAAAAGACCCCCGAAGCUCGGACAGAUCGGCCGAGCCAAGCGAGUGGUCAUCGAGGACGACCGAAUAGACGAGGUCCUGAAGGGGAUGACGGACAAAUCGUCACCCGGCGUUUAAAGUGUCAUCAAUGCCWUGUAGACUUUUUUAAUUUCCGAUCACCGAUUUGAAGCACUUGACGGCCGUGCAUGUUCGAGGAUUGCAGGAGAAAAACGGCAGCUCGAAAGCGUUGGCAGAAGGAUGAUGGCAAUGGGAAGGAGGAGGGAAGGAGUGUGAGGAGGAGAGAGGUGACGAUGGACUCUUGAGGGAAUUUUUUUUUUAAAAAGACCAAGAUUUAUGGUGGGAUUGCUGGCAAUUCUCCAAACCGAAUCCCGAUUUUUUAAGCGCCGGUGCGCAGUGGGAUGUUGAGAUGGCCGAUACACGGCUCUGUAUCUCAACCUCCGCUAGCUUAAAACGAUGGAUGAACUUGUCAUUUCUUCACAACCAUCUCUUUCUGGUAAACAAAAUGAAAGAACUAAAGCGCUGUAAGCAACCAGACACUGCAAAUAGAAGGUGAAGCAGCCCUAUUUCAAUAAGUUGUACAGUAGCUAUAAGCUCCCAGUCGCCCAUCCCUCCUCAAAUCCUUUAGGCUUUGCUUUGUUGAUCCAGUCAGCAACGGCGCAUUUAAAGGGAGCUGUCUUUUCAGCACUGGUCCAAUGCAUUCCUGUUGCUGCUAAUGCUUUAUUUWAAAAAAGACAGACCAACCAAAUGCUCCAAUUAACUAGAGGAGACUCAUUCAUUGUAUGUAUAAAAGCAUAUAUCCGAGGAUGGUGCAAUGUUGAUAACUUCUGUAGUAAAAAUUCUUGUUUGUUUGAGCACCUGAGCAGCAUUAGGCCACAGAUGAAACCAGGCUAUAUUCUUCUUCUUCUUCUUGUAUUACCCAUCAGUGGUUAUGGUCCAGGCUGGCCCCUUCAUGUAGCUGAUUUGCACCUGCACAUAUCUUUAUUUUUUUUGUUUUCACCCUUUUCUUUCUUUUUAUUUCCAAAUGUCAACAAGAAGCCAGCAGCAACGUGAAAAUUCUAGUCCAUGUUUUAAAUAUUAGUCCUAAAACUGGUGGGGGGAAAAGCAUUUUUCUUUCAUUUUUCUUUGGAGAUUAUUUGUGUUUGUAUGAAUUCAGAAUUUUUUCCUCCAUUUUGCAUGAACUGUCCUCCUGGUGCCAACACAUGUGCCACCCACUCCUACCCUGGCACGCUUCUUUUUAACAAAAGUCAUAUUUGUAUUUUUAUAUCUAAAUAUUUGUUAUUUAAAUUAAAUUAUAUGCUAGUCUACCGUCUUAUAAUUCAUCAACACAAGUAUUUGUAUUUCAGAGUGGGUAUAUUGACUGAGAUUGGGUUUAUUACUUGGGGGGAAUCCAAGAUUUCAGCUUGGACUGGUCUCGUUCUAUAUCACAGGUCAGGCUUUUUUUUUAAAGACUAACUGAAUGUGUUCGAGUUGUUUUGCACACAUCAAUGUUAAACUAUUAUUAAGAAAUCGUAUACUGUGAGUUAAGCUUCAUUGAUGAAUUUGUUAGAAAAUGGCAGUUUUAAAGUAUAUUGCACUGUUUACGAGUAUCCGCAAAUAACACGUUGUUAUUUGACCUAUUUUGGAACAUUACUGGGUUUAUUUUUCCCUUAAUUAUUUUUAUUUUGUACCAUAAUUUUCAGAAAAUGGUUUGUUGUGCAUGAAACCUUAAUAUUUUCAGUAAAAACAACAACAUUGUUUUAUGAAGCAAAAAAGCAACAAAAUGUCAUGACAUUCUAAGAAUGAGUCAUUGUAUAUUAUGAUGCCAUUUUCACUGUAUUUGGUGAAUUAAUAAAUGGUGACAGAAAAUGUUAA